CACCCAGACAGGUGGCGAAGGCAGAGGUGAUCUACUGUCCCUGCCAUACAGCCUGGUCGAGGGUCAGGACUACAAAUGUGAGAACUCAGCCCUCCUCUCCAGUGCCAGGAACAGUCCACAAGACUCAGUUUCGACAAGCCUGGCUGCCAGCAAAGCUGAGGAAACUGCUCAAAGAACUCAUGCCAGUGGGACUUACAGCUUCCUUGAUCGGGCUCAGCAUUCAGAUAUCAAAGCAGACUGCAAUACCUGUGUGGAAAUAGAGGACAGAAAGGCUUCAAGACAACAGAUGAAUUGUGAAAGAGAGCAACUAAGGGGUAAUCAGGAAGCAGCAGCUGCCCCGGACACCAUGGCUCAGCCUUACGCUUCGGCCCAGUUUGCCCCCCCCCAGAACGGCAUCCCCGCGGAAUACACGGCCCCUCAUCCCCACCCCGCACCAGAGUACACGGGCCAGACCACCGUACCGGAGCACACGUUAAACCUGUAUCCUCCCGCCCAGACGCACUCCGAGCAGAGCGCCGCGGACACGAGCGCGCAGACCGUGUCCGGCACUGCCACACAGACAGAUGACGCAGCACCGACGGAUGGCCAGCCCCAGACACAACCUUCUGAAAACUCAGAAAACAAGUCCCAGCCCAAACGGCUGCAUGUCUCCAACAUCCCCUUCCGGUUCCGAGAUCCGGACCUCCGACAAAUGUUUGGCCAAUUUGGUAAAAUCUUAGAUGUUGAAAUUAUUUUUAAUGAGCGAGGCUCAAAGGGAUUUGGUUUCGUAACUUUCGAAAAUAGUGCCGAUGCGGACAGGGCGAGGGAGAAAUUACACGGCACCGUGGUAGAGGGCCGUAAAAUCGAGGUAAAUAAUGCCACAGCACGUGUAAUGACAAAUAAAAAGACUGUCAACCCUUAUACAAAUGGCUGGAAAUUGAAUCCAGUUGUGGGUGCGGUCUACAGCCCCGAAUUCUAUGCAGGUACGGUGCUGUUGUGCCAGGCAAACCAGGAGGGAUCUUCCAUGUACAGUGCCCCCAGUUCACUUGUAUAUACUUCCGCAAUGCCCGGCUUCCCGUAUCCAGCCGCCACCGCCGCGGCCGCCUACCGAGGGGCGCACCUGCGAGGCCGCGGCCGCACCGUGUACAACACCUUCCGGGCCGCGGCGCCCCCGCCCCCGAUCCCGGCCUAUGGCGGUGUUGUUUACCAGGAUGGAUUUUAUGGUGCAGACAUUUAUGGUGGUUACGCUGCAUACCGCUACGCCCAGCCUACCCCUGCCACUGCCGCUGCCUACAGUGACAGUUACGGACGAGUUUAUGCUGCCGACCCCUACCACCACACACUUGCUCCAGCCCCCACCUACAGCGUUGGUGCCAUGAAUGCUUUUGCACCCCUGACUGAUGCCAAGACUAGGAGCCAUGCUGAUGAUGUGGGUCUCGUUCUUUCUUCAUUGCAGGCUAGUAUAUACCGAGGGGGAUACAACCGCUUUGCUCCAUACUAAAUGACAAAACCAUUAAAACCUUCCAGUGUGGGGAGAAAGGAAGCUUUCCGAGGCCUGGGUGUUGCAAUACAUGCAGUAACGCAUCAUUUUAGCAGCCCUAAAGAUUUAAAAAAAAAAAAAAAAAAAGAGGGAAAAAAUUACAUUUUUUAUCUUAUACCUCAGAUAUUUUGUUCUGUGUAUUUUAAUAUUGUGGGUCUUUAAUUUCUGAAGGUUCCGUAGUUGGUUGCUGGCUGUAGGAGUUUUUCUGUGGUUGAAAUAGAGAGAUGCUAGCUAUGAAUUAAAACUGGAUUAGGGCCAUAUCCAGAGUGCUAUAUCAUGUAAAUGAAUUAUAUAUGCUGAAUAUCAAGCUACUGGGGUUAUCAGCUGUUUGGGAAGAGUGUAAGUGACUACAGUAGUCAUUUUUUUUUU